GUUUGAAACCUCAGAAUGGUCUGACGCUGAGACAACUUCCUGAACUUAAAUUUAAACGGUGAAAGGGUUUUGACGCAGUUCAAGCUGUUCGAAAGAAGUGCCUGCAGCUUCGGUUCGGCACUAAGACAUUCAGAGUCCAUGAUGGCCAUGACUAACAGACCUGUGCUAAGGCUACUUCUUAUUUUACUACUGGCCAUGAGCAGCCUGGUCUCUUCUAGCGGGGAUGAACAUCAACUUUCGACCUCCACACAGUCAAAUGACAGGGGAACCACCCCCAGAACCGACCCUGAAAUUCAAUCUACCAGAGUUCCCAAGGUCCAUGUAACCCAGACUCCAGAGGGGAAUGAAGAGAACUUUGGUACAAAUGUUUCAACAGCUCCUCAUACUUCAGAAAUGACCAACAGUCAAAGUUCAAAGGGAAAUGAAACUUCUGAAGGCUUCCAUUCCAGUGAAAGAACAGAGCCCAACACCACCAAGCUGGCAGGUACUGAAAGUCCGGCCGGUAACAAAAGCUCUGAUCAGACUGAGUCUCCUGUGAGAAAUAGCAGCCUUGGCCCCACAUCAUUAUCAGGAAGUUCUGCUCGUACAGUGGAGCCCAGAGUGGUAACCAACAAACAGGCCACGCAUUCAGUUGUUAUUGUAACGACCACAAGUAGAUCCUCCACGAUGAGAACUGUUUCUCCUUCUACCAUCAAGAAACAAACACCAACCAAGGGCACAACCGCCAGCAGUGAAGUCAUAAAUGAUCAUAUUUGUCCCACCGAAGCUUCAAAAACAGAAGGCCUUGUAGGCCGUUGCCUCAUCGCCAUUGCCUUGCUGGCUGCCCUGGUGACCAUCUUCAUCAUGUCCACUGUCAUUUUAGCUACGAAGCUGGCAGCCAGCAGAUACAGGAACAGGGAGGGUCUCCUCCAGGAGACGGAGAUGGUCUGCAUAUCUGCCCUCAUGAAUGACACAGAACAUCCCAUUCCCAAGCCGAGACACCCCAAAAGCAAUGGUGCCUUGAUCCCUAACACUGAGGACGAAGAUGGGGAUGAUCUCACCCUAAACAGCUUCCUGCCUGACACAGAAGUUGUUGCGUAGAGGUUGCCACUGGUGUUUUCUGUUUCAGGAUUCUGUCCGUAGUUUGAUAAAAGGACAUGAUUUUCCUCUUAACCCAAACACAAUUCGAUCAGCCCAGACAGGUUUGUUGUCUGAAGUUUGCUUCUUCUUUCUAACAAGUAAAGGAAGUUUAUACCUGAAGGAUGUUCUUAUAUUCAAGGACAACUCUGUUGGAGCUAGUUUUACCUGGGGAGGUGUGUUUGAGAUUGCUUAACAGCCUGAUGUGAUUUGACAUAAGUAAUGUUUGUUAUGCAGUGUGUGCAGUGCUAAUUUAUCAGGUAUAAGCUUCCAUGACUUGUUAGCCACAUUGCAACUCAUUAGCCAUUUGCUUGUUUCAGGAAUUAUUUUGUCUACAGGCUGAAUAAUCUUAGUUAUCCCACAGUGAGAAAUAUUGAGACUUAAGGUGGUUUUGUUUGCCAAGAUAUCAUUUUUUGAAGUGUGCAAAACUAAAGUUGCACUCCAAACAAGUCUUGGUUAAUUGCAUUGCGUGUUUGGGCUAAGGGGAAAACUGAGUAAAUUAGGUUUUUCCACCAAACUAUCAAUAUGAUUCUGUUUGUAAAAACCUGCAAAAUGAGGGUUUGGGUCUCUGGGAAUAGGGAACCCCUGGACACUAUUGCAGGUCCUUGAUAAUCCCAUCACUCAAGACAGUGCCUGAUUGAAUGUGGAAGAUGUAAACCUGCCCAAAGGAGUCUUUGGACCCUCAAACCCUCAAACUCAGUGCUUCUCAGAAAUGCUUCACCCAUAUUGCAACAAUUCCAAAACGUCUACUGAGCAGUGCAAAGCCAAAAGCUAAAAUGUGUUUGAGCACCAGAAGAUCCGAAACUGUGCUUCAUCUACUUUUUACUCAUUUCCUUUUCACCGGUUCAUCUGACUCGUUGAUUCCUUUCCAGAACGCUUAGAAAGGCUUCGGCCCACAUGCGACUGUUGGGUAGUGUCAGCCACAGGAAGCAUCUGAGAGCAUGCUGUACUGAUGAGAGGAAGAGGAAGUUGUUUUCUUUAAAUAAUAUUUAGUGCAUUUUUGUGUAUGAAGUGAAAACCUGCCUAGCAACUGUUACCAUGAACUGUCCUGUUCUGCUCAGAAGCCUGACCAGAUUAGAAUGUCUUAAUAAUACUGUACUGUGACAUAAUAUACUUCUUAAAUACACAUUUUAUGCCUUAAUGAAUUUA